GGAGGGAGGACGCUCUUCUGUGCCGUGGAUGUUCCGCCCGCGGAAGACAGCAAGUUGUGCGCGCGCCCCGGCCGCCGCCCGCCCGCCGUGGACCAUCAUCCUUACUACAGAGGAUGGGAAGUUGACGGCCAGUAAGACUGAAGAUUCACUGUGUUGCUAGACGCGUUACAGAACGUGGAUUGCCUGCCAUUCCCUGGUGGUCUCACGCCUUCACUCACUCCUGCAGUCCCAGAGUAGUUGCUUUGGGUCCUCGCUGCCCUAUCUGUUGCAAAGAUGGCAUCCAGCCUGACUUGUACUGGGGUGAUCUGGGCUUUGCUCUCCUUUCUUUGUGCUGCCACCUCCUGUGUGGGGUUCUUUAUGCCUUACUGGCUCUGGGGAUCACAGCUGGGCAAGCCUGUGUCCUUCGGUACUUUCCGGAGAUGCUCCUACCCUGUGCAUGAUGAAAGCCGGCAGAUGAUGGUGAUGGUGGAGGAAUGUGGGCGCUACGCCUCCUUCCAGGGCAUCCCCAGUGCAGAAUGGAGGAUCUGUACCGUCGUGACAGGCCUGGGUUGUGGCCUCCUCCUCUUGGUGGCUCUCACCGCCCUCAUGGGUUGCUGUGUGUCAGAGCUCAUCUCCAGGACAGUGGGAAGAGUGGCUGGAGGAAUUCAGUUUCUGGGAGGUGUAGCUGCAGCACGGAGCGUUAUUAGCCCCCUUCCUAGCAGCGUCGGAGUGAAGACUGCGGACCAAAGCACAGACGUAGGAGUCACGUACCCUGAGUUUGCAGCUCAGCUCUGCGUGCGGUUAUCUACUUGAUGAAACUCCGAUCUCCCCGCUGUCUGUGACUCCGUGCCUUCAUCUACCGAGUGGGGACACCAGUUCUGGCUCUACCCACCUCACAGAAAGGCCAAAGGCGCCUUUAAAAGUAAAAUGCAGCAAAAACCAAAACAAAAUGGAACAGACAAGAAUAUUAAUUGGCCUUGUAGUCGUGUAUGGAUUCUUUACCCACACGUGAGGGUCAUCAGGCCGCGGCUGUUUUAUUUGUUCCUACUGAGGGUUACGUGGAUGCCAGGACUUUUGGGGCAAGUGACCAUUCCUCACCGUGCCAGGAAUGUCCUUGCUGGAACCCUCCCUGCAUUCCGUCUAAGAAGAGGACCUUCUCUGAGAGCAGGGGACUGGAUUGCCAGCGGUUGUGUAUAAACCACGCAUUGGCUCGAACCAAAUCCUCUGGCCUCCUCCACGUGCCCCAGCAAAGUCAAACCCUAACAAUAGAGAGCAUUCGUUGGACUCUUCCUGUGAGGUACUGUGCCCACCUCUUUGUACCACUCUCUCAUUUAAUCUUUGCAACAACUCCAAAAGAUAGAUAUCUUCCCCAUUUUACAGAGAAGGACAACUGAGACCUGAAGACAUGAAAUAGUGGAACGGGAGUUUCUUAACUACUAAGGUUAGCAAGAUGUUGCUUCCAGUCUGGCGUCAUUGACCAGAAAAGUGUCACGUAGACGUGGCAAAAUUUCCAAAGUUUCAUUGUUUGAAACAAAUUUUUCUUCCCCGGUGAUCGCCCGGAACUCUAGAAAGAGCAGAGAUGACAAGUCACUCGUGGCUGAAAUUAGCUUGUGAAGUUUUUGCUCUGAGUGAAAAAGCAGGUAUUCUGAUGUGUGUCAUUUGUGUCUUCUGACCCAUGAACUGGAAGAGAAGAAAUAAUAAUCAAGGAGCCAUUUGGGAAAGCAUCUUAAGAAAACCUAAAAUAUGUUCUCUUCUGAAGGAUGCUUUCAGCAAAGAAAUAGCCUUAUUGUCAUUUGUGAAAAUAGCUUGGAUAGUUCAGAAAUGAUCACAUUUCUAUUUUGUAUUUUAGCGUUAAGAUAGGAUAUGCUUUUCCUUGGCUAAACUUCCGAUGGCGAAGAGUCCAUUUUUUUCAUCUUUAUGCCUCACGGGCUCUUUGUGGACAGAGCUCUUUGUGUGCUAGAACUCGCAGCUGGGUUCUCCCUCCCUGGCGCCCAGGGAAGGAAGAAUCUGUAGGGAUCUCAACAGCCCUUACCUUCGUUGCAGGCGGUGGGGGAG